AUGAAGCUGCUCCCCCCAUCCAACAUCCCGGCCCUCGCCGCCCUGGCGGCCUCCCUCCUCACAGUCCCGACCCUGGCCCAGGACGCCCCGGCCGCCGCGCUGCGGUCCUGCCUGUCCGCCGCGGGCGUGCCCAACGUCGUCGAGGCCGACGGCGCCGCGCCCUGGGCGGCCGAGACGGCGCUCUUCAACUGGCGCUUCCGCCCUUCGCCGGCGUGCGUCGCGCUCCCCGAGACGCGGGGCCAGCUCGCCCUGUCGCUGGCGUGCGCGCGCAAUGCGUCGGUGAAGGUCACGGCGCGCGGCGCGGCCCACUCGUUCGCGGGCUUCGGCUACGGCGCCGCGGGCAACCUGGUCGUGUCCAUGGCGGCCUUCAACGGCACCUCGUUCGACCCGGACGCGGGGCUGCUCACGUUCGGCGGCGGCUCGCGCGUGGGGCCGGUCGCCAAGGAGCUGUGGGACGCCCACGGGCGGCACUUCCCGCACGUGCGCGGGGCGAACGUCGGCCUGGCGGGCUCGUCGUUUGGCGGCGGGUUCGGUACCACGUCGCGCAUCGCCGAGUUGAUGCUGCACGACGGGACGGUGGUGACGGCGGGCCCAGGAUCGGACCUGCUGUUCGCCGUCAAGGGCGCCGCGCCGUCGUACGGGGUGAUUCUGAGCAUGACGACUCGGACGUACGUGCCGGCGUUCGCGACGGCCGUCAACUUUACCAUCUCGCUCGGCGACGUGGGCCUCGACGCGGGCGCGCGGGCGCUGGUGGCGCUGCAGGAGUUCGCGCUGCGCGAUAGCGACGGCAGCGGCGGCCUCGACGCGCUAGCGGCGCGCUGGCGACUCGAGGUGCCGCCCUACACGAUCCAGGGCUUCUGGUACGGCGACCCGGCCGAUUUCGACGCCGUGGUGGGGCGGCCCCUGACCGCGGCGCUGGACCAGGCAGUGGCGAACAUCACCGACGGCUCGACGGCCCCGGUCCCCGCCGUCGCGGCGCUGCGCAGCACGGAGCUGCCCUUCUGGGACGUCGAGGUCGCGGGCGUGGGCGCGGGCAUGAACCUCCCCGGGGGCGGGGCCCUGGGCGGGCGGGCCUUUUACACGCAGGCCCUGGCCACGACGGUCGACCGCCCGUUCACGGUCGGGCUGGCGCGCACGCUGAUGCUCCACACGGGCUUGGCCUUCAACCGCAGCGCCGACCUGAGCCGCUUCGGCUACCUGGACCUGUGGGGCGGGGCGCCGGCGCGCGACGGCGGCCUGACGGACGCGUCGACGGCGUACGCGCACGCGCGGAACCUGUGGCUGGUCCGCUGGGACGGGAACGCGGCCGGGCCGACGGCGGGGAACGACGCGUACCCGGCCGACGGGCCCGCGUACCUCAAGGGCCAGAUGCUGCCGUUCGAGGCGGCGCUGAGGGACGCCGGGGUGCCGCUGCGCGGGUUUGUGAAUUACCCCGACACGGAGCUGGGCAUGGACGAGUGGAGCAGGCGACUUUACGGGGACAACUUUGAGAGGCUGAGGCGGAUCAAGGCCGCGUACGAUCCGGAGGGGAUGUUUUUCAGCCACGCGCAGAGCAUUCCGCUGCCCUGA